GGGGACAGCCCGGGGGAGGGGGAUGGGUGGUCGGUGUUGUGGGGGUCUGUGGGCCCCCCUUGACUCUUUCCCUCCCCAGGCCUGGCUGCAGCAGUAUGGGUACCUCCCCCCCGGCGAUUUGCGAACCCACACCCAGCGCUCACCCCAGUCGCUCUCGGCCGCCAUCAGCGCCAUGCAGAGCUUCUAUGGUCUGCGGGUCACUGGGACUGCUGAUGCCAACACCAUGAGGGCCAUGCAGCGGCCCCGCUGUGGCGUCCCAGAUAAGUUCGGGGCCGAGAUCAAGGCCAAUGUGCGGCGCCGGCGCUACGCCAUCCAGGGCCUGAAAUGGCAGCACAACGAGAUUACAUUCUGCAUCCAGAACUAUACACCCAAGGUGGGCGAGGCGGCCACGUUGGAGGCCAUCCGCCGGGCCUUUGGGGUGUGGGGGGCGGCCACACCGCUGCGCUUCCGCGAGGUGCCCUACGCCCACGUGCGCCAGGGCCGGGCGCCCCAGGCCGACAUCAUGAUCUUCUUCGCCGAGGGCUUCCAUGGCGACAGCACCCCCUUCGACGGGGAGGGGGGCUUCCUGGCCCACGCCUACUUCCCUGGCCCCCACAUCGGUGGCGACACCCACUUCGACUUGGCCGAGCCCUGGACCGUCCGCAAUGAUGACCUGAAUGGGAACGACAUCUUCCUGGUGGCCGUGCACGAGCUGGGCCACGCGCUGGGGCUGGAGCAUUCGAACGACCCCUCGGCCAUCAUGGCGCCCUUCUACCAGUGGAUGGACACCGAGAACUUUGUGCUGCCAGACGACGACCUGCGGGGCAUCCAGCAGCUCUACGGGAGCAAGUCGCGGGUCCCCACCAAGGCCCCCCAGGUGCCCCGCACCACGGCCAGGCCUCACGUGCCUGACGAGCCCAGCAACCCCCCCUAUGGCCCCAACAUCUGUGACGGCAACUUUGACACCAUCGCUGUCCUGCGUGGGGAGAUGUUCGUCUUCAAGGAGCGUUGGUUCUGGCGGGUCCGGAAUAACCGGGUCAUGGAUGGGUAUCCGCUCCCCAUUGGCCAGUUCUGGGUCGGUCUCCCAGCAUCGAUCAGCACGGCCUAUGAGAGAAAAGACGGGAAAUUUGUCUUCUUCAAAGGUGACAAGCACUGGGUGUUCGAUGAAGCCAUCCUGCAGCCUGGGUACCCCAAACCUCUCCGGGAGCUGGGCCGGGGGCUCCCCAGUGAUCGCAUCGAUGCCGCCCUCUUCUGGAUGCCCAGCGGGAAAACCUACUUCUUCCGGGGCAACAAAUAUUACCGUUUCAACGAGGAGAGCCGCUCGGUGGAUGCCGAGUACCCCAAGAACGUCGCCGUCUGGGAGGGGAUUCCUGAGUCACCCCGUGGGGCCUUCAUGGGCAGCGACGAAGCCUUCACCUAUUUCUACAAGGGCGGCCGAUACUGGAAGUUCAACAACCAGCAGCUGCGGGUGGAACCGGGCUACCCCAAGUCGGCGCUGCGGGACUGGCUGGGCUGCAGGGGCGGCCGGCGCGAGGAUGACGAACGGGAGGAGACCGAGGUCAUCGUCAUCGAGGUGGACGAGGCGGGGGGCGGGGCGGUGGACAUGGCCGCCGUGGUGCUGCCCGUCAUGCUGCUGCUCUGCGCCCUGGCGCUGGGCGCCGCCAUCCUGAUCUUCAAACGCCGCGGGACCCCCAAGCGGCUGCUGCACUGCCAGCGCUCCCUGCUGGACAAGGUGUGAGGGGUGGGGCUCCCCGGCCCCGCCCGCCUCCCCGGCUUCGCCCCCUGCUGGACAAGGUGUGGGCGGGGGUUCCCCUGGCUCCUCCCCCUGCUGCACAGCCAGUGCCCCCUGCUGGAUAAGGGAUGGGGCUCCCCGGCCCCGCCCGCCUCCCCGGCUUCGCCCCCUGCUGGACAAGGUGUGGGUGGGGGUUCCCCUAGCUCCUCCCCAGCUCCGCCCCCUGCUGCUCAGCCAGUGCCCCCUGCUGGACAAGGUGUGGGCAGGGGUUCCCCUGGCUCCUCCCUGGCUCCGCCCCCUGCUGCUCAGCCAGCACUCCCUGCUGGACAAGGUGUGGGUGGGGGUUCCCCUAGCUCCUCCUUGGCUCCGCCCCCUGCUGCUCAGCCAGUGCCCCCUGCUGGACAAGGUGUGGGCAGGGGUUCCCCUGGCUCCUCCCCGGCUCCGCCCCCUGCUGCUCAGCCAGCACUCCCUGCUGGACAAGGUGUGAGAGGCAGGGCUUCUCUCUGGCUCCUCCCCUUAAGCUCCUCCCCUUCCCUGCUGGACAAGAUGUGAAGGGUGGGGGCUUCCCCUUGGCCCCUCCCCCUUUCUGACAUUCCUCCCCCCCCAUUGAAGCGUGCUGAGCGCGCUCAGUAGCCUGCAGGGUGACCCCUGACCCCUCCCCUUGUGUAACCAUGUGUCCUUUGACUUCCUGGGGAAGGACCAAAGUUCAGGCCCGUCAGUUCCCCUACGACCUCUCAACUUUCACCACACCACAGGGGAAGCCAAUGGGAGACAGCGGUGUGAUUGCCUCCCCAGAGGUCAUGCUGGCUCCCCCCCCCCCUGGCCUUGGGCACAUGAGCUAGCCAAUCAGCUUGGCUCUAUUCCCCCCUUUGCCAAGCUGGGUUGGGCUGAAUCUCCCAUUGGUCUGUGCACAAAGGGGGGCGGGGUCAUCUGUGGAACAGAGGCCCUUGAUUGGCCCUCAGGUACUUUAGACAGGGCCUUGGGAACCCAGGGGUGGAGCUACAGAGGGGGGGAGGGGCCAUACGGCCCAUGGGGGUGGAGCUAUUAAAAGAGGGACGGCAUUUGGCUGAAGGGGUCAGGGCUUUAGUAUUAAAUAGCCAGGUCUAUGCAGAUAAGGGGCUUUGCAUUCCAGUGGGUGGGGCUAUGCAAAUAAUGGGGUCUGCAUGCCAGUGGGUAGGGCUAUGCAGAUGACGGUUGCCACACAGUCCAAUGGGCAGAGCUAGGGCAUAUAGAGGUCAAAACAAGGGCUUUCUAAUGGGCAGGGCUAUGCAGAUGAGGGAGAGGGAUAAGGCUGGACCAAGAGCAGGGCAUGAUGGGAAAACAGGCAGGGUGCUCAGGGGCAGAGACAAAGAAAGGGGGCACGGCCUUACUUUGCCCCCACUUUCCUGCAGGGCCCCAAAAAGGAUGGCAGGGAAUCUUGCCUCCUCCCCAUCCUGAGUAAUAGGGGACACAUCCCUGUAGGGGUCACCCAGGAAUUAGCAGCCACGCCCCCAGAAUCUGCCUAGGAAAGAGGGUUAGGGGGAU